UUUUAUUAUUGUUUUGCACUGUUUUGUGUUAUGCGUUUUAUAAAAAAUUUGGAGUAAAAGUUUGUGAUCGUGAUUCGAUUUAAAUAUUUUUACAAAAUUGGCUUCUAAGACUUGUGAGAAGUUCUCUUGCUGAAGUGUAAAAUGUCUCUAGUUGCGUAUGAUUAUAGUAGUGAUGAAGAAUCAGAUCAUGAUGAAUUAGACGAACAGCCAGUGGCACCAGUUGCAGUUCUAUCAAUCGAAACUAGUAAUGUUCCGGAAUCCAACAUUAAAGUAACGCCUCCUCAACAGUCUACUCCCACUUCGGACGACACAAUAGAUGAUGAAGAGGAAUCCGUUGUUCAUUUACCCUUACCAGCACCGAAAAAGAUAACAAUCAACAAUCUGAAUGUAGAGGAAGAAGACGAUGAAUUCCUACACAAGAAAGCAAUUCCGGAAGUGAAACCCACAUUACCGCCACCGCCACCAUCCCUGGCCAGCGCACGAUCGAACAUAAAAAAUGGAAAGGUUCAAAUCACUAUCCCAUCUCUUAAAGAUUUCAAGGAAGACAAUGAUAAUAAACCUAAAACCAAGCCCACAGUUAGUGCCCAGCUUCCAGAGAGAGCAACUGGACUGCUCGGCAUGCUCCCGAAACCAAAAUCGGAGAUCGGUUUCAGUACUUCCUCAUCUGCUAAAAAUGGUCCUGCUCCAGCUGGCGUGAAGCCAAUUGUAAACCGACUGAUACCAGACUCGGUUGCAAAUCGACCACGAAACGUUCAUCCGGAUUCGAAACUUCCCAAGAAGCCUUUCCCGAAAAAUCAAAAUACUCUGCCUAAAUCGUCCGCAAAAGAUGACGAAUCCAGCGACGACGAUGAGGAAAAAAUCGAUUUCUUCUCCCUCAACAUGGAUGAGAAACUACCGGAAAUAAGCUCCAACGAAAUCAAUGCAAUGGUGGCCAAACGGGCCGCCAGGAUGGCCGCAGCCGUUGAAAAGUUCGAUAAACCAUCAGUUCCGGAACAAGAGCCCGGCCCCAGCGGCUUUCACCAGGUGCAUUCGCCUUCACUCCCGAACCCGAACGACCUGGCCAAUGAGCAGGCACUGUCGUCGCUGAUCGGUGGCAACAAAGCCAAGCGCGCCCGCCUGGACGAGGUCAACAUCAUCGACAUCAACUCCGAGGACAUUGUGCCCUCGAAGGAGGACUUUAUGCGUCGCAAGCUGCAGGAGGAAACUGGGUAUGUUCCCACCGGGCACCUCACCGGCGAUUGGACGUGCACCAGCAAGCGAAAAUCGCACAUCACAUAUCUGGCGUCGAAGGCGCAGGCCAACGCACAGGAAUUGGAAGCCAUGUGGUCGGCCAACCGGCAGUCGCGGCGGCAAACGCAAAGCAAGUACGGGUUUUGAAGGUGUGUAUUGGUUAAUAAAUAGCUUUGAUAUUUGUGA